GUUUUACACAAAAAUACGUAUUUUAGAGUAAAUAUAUAUAAAAUAUAUAUAAUUUGUUAAAAUGUCUAAAAUAGUAUCGCUUGCGUUAGUUAUUGUAGCAGUUUUUGCUUUCACGAGUCCAGUAUCAGCGACCAGCAGUAUCCAGCUCCCAGCGGUAUACCCACUGGUGAACAUUCUCCUUCCACUUCUUAACAACGUGUACAACCUUCUUCUGUCCUUGCUAUCUAUAUUUGAUACUCUACCGCCGGCUAUUAGUGCUGUCAUACCAGUCGAUUUAGGUGCUCUGGAAACUUCUUUACUGAAGCUAUAUUCGCAGGCUUUGGCAAUAGUCAACUUUUUAAGGUCACUGCCAGAAUAUGCGACAGGCGCAAAUCCGAAGUCAAACACCAGCGUCGCUAAUGUCCAAGGUCUACUCAGCUCCCUGGUGGUUGCUAUCACAGACUUGGCCGAAGACGUUCUCCAGGGUAUUGGCGGUGGGCUGCUGCCUGCUCUACUACACAGCGCAAUGGCCUUCAGCACCCUACUGUUAAUCGUGUGCGUGGGCUCUGCCCACGCGUGGGGUGGUCUGUUCAACCGGUUCAGCUCCGACAUGCUGGCCAACAUGGGCUACGGCCGUUCGCCGUACCGCCAUUACGCCUAUGGACAGGUGGAACCCGAAGAGAUCUAUGCUGAGGCUCUGGAAGGCAACCGUAUAGAAGAUGCCGAUGACACCCAUUGCUACAGCGCACCCUGUAUCACUAACGGUGACUGCUGCCGUGGACUCAUGUGUUUGGAGACAGAGGAUGGAGGGCGUUGUCUCCCCGCGUUCGCCGGUCGGAAGCUGGGUGAGAUGUGCAACAGGGAGAAUCAAUGCGACGCUGGACUGGUGUGCGAGGAAGUGGUUCCAGGAGAGAUGCACGUGUGCCGUCCUCCGUCAGCCGGCCACAAGCAGUACAACGAAGAUUGCGCGGCGUCCAGCGAGUGUGAUAUUACCCGUGGCCUCUGCUGCAUCAUGCAACGCAGACACCGCCAGAAGCCUAGGAAGAGCUGCGGCUACUUCAAGGAGCCUCUUGUCUGCAUCGGACCAGUGGCUACGGAUCAGAUACGAGAAAUCGUACAGCACACGGCCGGUGAGAAGAGGAUUGGUGUUUACAGGAUGCAUUAAACUGAAAACCUUUGAUUUUACUUAUAUCCAGAGCAGAUAUGCGAUUAUUAGUCGAGCGAUAUUACAAUUUCCGUUAAUUUUCCUGAACUCACUUUACUAUACUACUCGUACCUUAGCUUUAUUCUUCACUAAUGCGCCUAGUCGCUUUUAUGUCUAAACAGUUGCUCGACAUACUAAAACUAAGUCUACUAAGACUAAGUCGCCAAAUAACAGCAAAAAUACAUAUGGCCGCAUUUAUAGCGACUCAGCGACCAAAUAGAUGUGGAUUUGAGGUUGCUUAAGCCUUCAUGCGAUUGAUCUUGUCGCUUUUGCAACUAUUUUUAACAGUGAAUUGUCGCCUGAGCGACAGGACAGGAGCCUGUGCAAUCGCUCGGCAGCUCAAGCAAUUGGCGCCCAUUCAACUUGCUUCAACAAUCGCUCAAGCGACUAUAGGCCAACCUAUGUCGCAUAUCUGCUCUAGAUGUAGUUUUACUUUUACUUACAAAGAGUAAAGUGAGACUAAUAAUUUUUUGUCUUGAUUCUUGCCUUAUUCCUGUUUCUUGCCUUAUAGAUUUGUUGAAGUCUUACUUUACUCGAAGUAAAAAGUAUGGCUUUGAAUUGUUUAUAGACAAUAUAAUUUCGACCUUUUAUGCAUUCUGUAUUUUACGGAGCAUGCUAGUAAAAACAUAACGACGGAAAAAUAUGAAUAUCAUGGCUGUAGUUCGAAACAUGCCCAUUCUAAAUUUUGUAAAGAAAACAGUUUUAUGAGUCGUAAUUAUAUUAUUUAUAAAUUAUUUAAAACAAAAUUGAGAGAAUACAAUAAAAUAA